CUUCUACCGUAUUUGAAUAGAAGUUUCCCCGUUUGUGUUUCUUUUUGUUCUGUGCGUCUCUCGCCGCCUUCAAAACUCUCUCUCUCCUGUUGUCUUGGAGAAGGGGUCAUUCUGUUUCUCUGAAUUGGUCUCAAUGGCUUCUUCCUCCACCUUUAGCAGAUGGUUAAGGCCUGAGGUGUAUCCGCUGUUUGCGGCCGUUGGUGUGGCUGUUGGCAUAUGCGGCAUGCAACUCAUUAGAAACAUCACCACCAACCCUGAAGUCAGGGUGACCAAGGAGAACAGAGCAGCUGGAAUUCUGGACAACUUUGAAGAGGGCGAGAGAUAUUCCCAACACAGCCUCAGGAAAUUCGUCCGCAACAAAUCUCCUCAGAUCAUGCCCAACCUCAACAACUUCUUCUCUGAUCCAAACUAAAUUAAAUGCUGAAACUGGAAUUUUCUUAUUCAAAUUAUAUUUAUAGAUCUUUCGGUUGCUGAACCUUUAUUGGUCAGCCAACGCAGGACAAAUGAUUUGUUUCAUUGUGAAGGUUAUGAUAAUCAUGUGUUGCAGGAUUUUCAUGUUGUUGAUGCAUUAUCUCAACCAUAUUGGUUAAUAAACUUGGAAGAUAUUUUGAUCUUCUUUCAUUUUGUCUGCAAA